CUCCCACUCGUAGCCUUUUAAAUCGCCGAUACAUCAAAAUAUAAAUACUCUCUUUGAGAGCACAUUUAAAAACCUGACAAUGAACGAUAUUCCCCAUUCAGGCAUUUAUCAAGAGGUGGUGUGCGCACGCGCAAUCGGAGCGCAGUAGUAGAUGUUUGCCAGCCCACGCCAUAAUUUUCACAGUUCUGGAGCCUCAAAGAUUGAUGCGUUAACCCAGCAAUUUCUUGUCUUUUUGUCCUCCAAGCAUGGUUAAUAUGGGGAUAAAAUGUGCAAAGUCUGUAUGUGGUCAUCUCAUUGAUUGAAAACAACGCCGUCAUUAACGAUUCAAGUUUGGGAGCAAAGCCGCGCGGAAAUGAGAGACGAACUGUCACUUCCUGUGGGAUCUCCAAUGACACUUAGUGUGUAGUUUUGUUUUCUUCUCUUGAAAAGCGCUACAAAAAGAAGAAACGGUCUGGUCCGGGGCGGAAUUGGCGAGAGAAAAAUAGAAAAAGCCCUCGGCUAGUGAGCUAUGUGGCCUGUUCAAGGCUCGAAGAAUCUCGUUUUUCUGAUGGCGCUCUUUUUCGCUUACAUUCUUGUCGGAGCUGUGAUCUUCCAAGCACUUGAAGCCAAAAAUGAAGACUUUGAGAGGAUAGACAUGAUAAUGACUAAAGAAAACUUCAAAAAGAAGUAUAAUAUAAGUGACGACGACAUGAAAGAUUUUUUGAAGAAGAUCGAGGAAGUUAUCGACCAUGGGUUUAGCGAGGAAUGGGUGAAACGAUGGUCACUGUUGGGUUCUGUGUUUUUCGCAGGAACCGUUGUGACCACAAUAGGGUAUGGUCACGUGACACCAUGCACCGUCUCGGGUCGAAUCUUCUGUAUGAUCUACGCUCUCAUAGGAAUACCGCUGACCUGGCUCAUGUUGUCAACGCUGGCUCAGCAGAUCAAUGAUUGGAUUGCUAAAUUCAUGACGUUUGUUUUUGAGCGGUGCUUCAAUCGAGUACCUACCAAGAUGGGUUGUAUUUGCACUUGUGUGAGUGUCAUGAUAUGCACGGCCAUGAUCCUUAUCAUCGCUACCUUUGCAUACUAUUUGGAAGGCUGGUCCUUCAUUAAUGGGAUAUAUUUUGGCUUCAUCACCUUGACAACCAUUGGGUUUGGAGACUUUGUCCCGCUGCAUCCCUCACAGGAACGAUAUCCCGAGGAAUAUCCCGCGCGUAUCGUCGUCUUUACCAUUACAAGCAUAAUCUACUUCACGAUUGGACUGGCGGUUGUUUCUAGCGUGUUGCUGUCGUUUCGUAACGCCAUGGAGGAGACAUACCUGGAUGGGUUUCAGAUUAUCAAAGAUCAAAGUGACGAAGAAGCAAAUAAUAAGUCUAAGCUGUUGUUGCGCUGAGAACGAUCUGUCACGCUACCGGAUCUAAAAUUCUCACGUUGAUGAACUUCCGUCACGAUUAUUAUUUGUCACACAACCAAGCUUUUGCCUCGCUGACAGUUUCUAACUCUAAGACAGACUGUCGCACUUAAGACGGUAAAUGAACUGAGGAAAUACCCCUUGUAAACUGGUGAUGAUAAUAAUUUUUCACUUAAAACAGUCAAACAAGGUUAUAUAAACUGCCUUGUCACACCGUAAGCACUCURUCACGCUUGUCACGCGAGUGAAGUUUCUCACUGACUAACAAGGACAUCAACCUAUCCGUCUAACGUUUUUUUCGAGAACUGGCAAGUAUGUGUGCUUGUGUUCUCUCAAAUGUCAGUGCGCAAUGUAUUCAUGUUUCAAGAAAGAUUACUUGUAGCAUUCCUAUGAGUCUGGAGAGGGCUGUAUCUGAGAUAUUUGAGCUAACAUGUCAGACAUUUGCCUUUGCGUCAGUAACCCCAUUUGUUUCGAAUGCGCCCGGUGCAUGCUGGGUGAAGCAAAACCUUGAAUAUAUAAGCGGGGCUCAGUUUUUUAUGGAACGUCUUCAGGGUUGAACGACAAUAGACCGUUUUCUCAAGGUUGCGUGCGCAUCCAAAUUUAAGGAACUUGACAGGCCACGAUACCAGAACACAAGGUUUAUGAU